GUGACAAGGUUCAUGUCUCAAUGCAUGCAAGACACAAUGAUUAUAAGUGCAUGCAAGACACAAUGUGUGAAGUAGAGAAUGUGCAAUACGGCUGGGGAUGUCUCUUGCGUGCUCUUACUUUUCAUUGUGGCCGUGUAAUUUGUAGUACAAUCUCACCGGAGUUGAUACGCAGCUUUGGGUCACAAUCAGCUAUCCUUGUACAUGUGAUCAAAAUCACUGAUUUGAGUACAAGCACUGGCAUGAGACAUGAAGUCUUGAAGUCUGUCAUGAAAGGAUAAGUGGCGCUCGUCAGAAGAGCUGCAUCGGAGGCCAGCAUCCUAUCCAUUCGCUUUCGCGCUUCGAGUGUUGCUGAGAUUCUUCUCAUUCUCGUGAUUCGUUUGUUUACCUGUGGUGAAGUGGAUACGCUCUUGCCAUGCCAUGCAAUUCCAAUGUCAUGAUCUGACUGGGGCAGCUGGCGAGCUAUGGUUAGUGGUCACCGUAACAGUCGUCUUGAUUUCUUCCUGCUGUCUCCUUUGUAACUCUUGUGUACAGUGUGUGAGACUCUUCUGCGACGGAUGAUGAUUAACACAUUCGUCCUCUUCUGAACCUCGUCGGAGAAGGUUUUACUUCGUCGAGCGUCUGUACAGUCGCUGGUCGGUCGACCUCUUCAGUAUGUCAUGCUGCCUCCAUUCCCUCAAAUCAGCUUUCUGAAGAUUUGUCAAACUCUUUUCUGCUCGUGCUUCCUUGUCUGAGAACUCGUCACUGCAGAGGUGUUCCGGCCUGCCUGCUUGUGUAUAUGGUGCCAGGCCCUCUGCCUACUGCUCGUGUCCAGGCGCUUCGCUCUCCACGAGCGCUCACUUUGCUCUCCGUACAUGUACACUCACUACUUAACCUGCCACAGUCUGUAGAGCUAGUUCUUCUGAAAGCUGCAACUCGCUGGGCACUCCUGGUUCAUCGCGAAUAUUUCACACUCUCGUAAGGAUCUCGCCGGCUUCAGAGUGAGAAAUCGUCAUCUGUGAAGAUGUCGGAAGGCCGCUUUGAAGGCCGUAAGUUCUACUUCCCAACAAAUCAUUCACUGGUUCAUCUUUUCAACAGGUUUCGCCCAUUCUGGACAAUCUACAAUACAGAAUCCUCCGGCGAAUUUAUUCCAGACCCGUACAUCGCAGCAUAUAUCAAUUGUGCUCUUUGGUUGAUGUAUGGAUCACCAUUGGUGCAUCAAGCUGUAAUCAGUGCAAUCGGGAUUUUACUUGAAACACUUUACAUUUGUGUCUAUAUCUUCUACACGAGCCAAAAAAAGCGAGUAAUCGUCACGGGCUUGAUGUGUGUGGCUGCUGCGAUAUUGAUAGCAGUGACAAUUAUGAACAUCUGCGGAUUCGCUGAUGACCACACGAACCGUAGAGAAACUUUUACUGGCGUUCUGUGUGCGAUUACUGGAGUGUGUAUGUAAUUCUCUCCUCUUCUAGUAAUGCGAUUAGUCGUCAAGACGAGAUCCGUGGAGUACAUGCCACUACCAAUGUCCAUCUUCGUACUGCUGAACGGGAUCAUCUGGAUGGUUUACGGCUUAAUCGAACAUCCCGUCAACUUAUAUAUCACGAAACCGAACGGAAUGGGAGAUACUUGGUUUGCUUCAACUUGUUCUCUACGCCGUUUUCAGGAAGCGUGGGGAUCUGUACAGAUCGAGAGAUCCCGAAUUCGCAGUGCAGGUUGAGCAUGCAGAGGCCCCAUAGUUCUAACUAGGGGAUGGCAUGACACAGCACUGCAAAAUCUUAGUGUGGUGUCAAACUUAGUGUAGGAUGUACGCGAACUAUAAGGGUGUCCAGAUCAGACUUGAUUUUAGUAAUGACCGACUCAAGAGGAAUAAGCAACGCGUUACAGACGAAUCACUUGGUGCAUUUCUCAUCGUCAGGUGUUUUCAGCUAUCGGACCCACACUUUUCUGCUGUGGAGAUACGAUUGUUAAACUACUGUGGUACCCCACUUUUGGCAAUUUUGAGGAAAUUAAAACAUUUUUGGAAAACUGUACCCUGGCAGCAUUGUAAAUAGCCUUCGGUACAUCAAAACAGAGUGAAUCCGGAAGAUCGCGGGAAUUCUCGAGGGAUCUUG